AUGCAAGCAGCGGCAGCGGCAGGAUCCGUGCUCAAGGGCAUCGCUGGUCUCACGCAGUCGCCUGCGACGACCGUCGCAUCGCCCGGCGGGAGCAAAUCGACGGUUGGAAGUGCAGCAUCUGCCAUCGCCGGCGCCGCAGGACCCGUUUCUGGUGCUGUCGCAACGUCAGGGAUCGGAUUCGGUGCUGCGAUCGGAUCUGCUCCGAGCUCCAUCCGCGGCUUCUCGUCCGGCUCUAACACGCAGCAAAUGACGGAGGAGGCUGCGGCUCGGGAGGAGGCGGCUGCUUCCGCCGAUGGCGCGGUAGCGGGGCUGGCGGUCGCCGCCAAGGAGGGCGCGGCGGCGGAGGGCGAGGAGGAGAAGCCACAGGAGAUCUUCCUCGCGAACUACAAGCCGCCGUCGUACCUCUUCGACAAGGUGUCGUUGGAUUUCGAUCUGCACGACGACUACACCCUCGUCAAGUCCGCCAUCACCGUUGUUGCCAAUGACAAGGCGGACAAGCCAGAAAAUGGGUCUGCGCCGCUCGUGUUGGACGGCCACGAUUUGGAGCUGGUGUCUCUGCAGAUCAACGGUGUUGAUGUGCCGGCGGAGGAGUAUGUGAAGACGGGCAAGAGGCUCACGCUGCUGUCCCCGCCUGCAUCGCCCUUCACCCUGGCCAUCGUCACUCGCAUCAACCCUGCUGCCAACACAUCCCUCGAGGGUCUGUACCGGUCGAGCGGCAACUUCUGCACGCAGUGUGAGGCGGAGGGCUUCCGGCGCAUCACGUACUACCAGGACCGCCCCGACGUCAUGUCCCGCUUCACCGUGCGCAUGGAGGCUGACCACAGUGCCUGCCCCGUGCUGCUCUCCAACGGUAACCAGAUCGACGCAGGGACGGUUGGCGAAGGGGAGGGUGCGCGGCACUAUGCGGUGUGGGAGGACCCGUGGCCGAAGCCGUGUUAUUUGUUUGCGCUGGUGGCGGGGAAGCUGGUGUGCUGCGAGGAUACGUUUGUGACGUGCGGCGGGAGGGAGGUGGCGCUGCGCAUCUGGGUGAAUGCGGGCGAUGAGGGCCGCACGGCUCAUGCCAUGAAGUCUCUUAAAGAGUCGUUCCGGUGGGACGAGGAGGUGUUUGGCAGGGAGUACGAUCUUGACCUCUUCAACGUUGUUGCCGUGAGUGAUGGGGGCGAGUGGGGGGUACAAAGUGGCGCAUGGACGUUUCAUGCUAGGUCUGUGCAUGACACGACACCCAUUCAUCUGGGCCUUGGCCGUCCCUCUCACAUCGCCUCCGCCUUCCCCGCGUGGCCAUGCCUCUGUCGUCCCCCUCGCCCCUCGCACACGGCAGAUCUUCAACUCGCGGUUGGUGCUGGCCUCACCAGAGACGGCCACGGAUGGAGACUAUGCGGCCAUCGAGGGGGGUCAUUGCCCACGAGGGUGACGUGUCGCGACUGGUUCCAGCUGACGCUCAAGGAGGGGCUCACUGUCUUCCGCGACCAGGUGGGGCAUGGUGAAGCGUGGUGGGGCGUGGUGGGGCGUGGUGGGGUGUGGUGGGGCAUGGUGGGCAGGGCAGUGCAGCUAGCGGGCGAGUGGGGCAUGGAGUUCUCAUCGGACAUGAAUUGCCGUGCAGUGGAGCGCAUUGCCAACGUGGCAGUGCUGCGCGCCCGCCAGUUCUCCGAGGAUGCGGGUCCCAUGGCGCACCCGGUGCGCCCCAGCUCAUACAUCAAGAUGGACAACUUCUACACAGGUGCGCCCCCCACCUCACUCACACACCCCCUCUUGUCAUCCCUCCUUCUCCUCCUCCCAACUAUAUCUAUUCUAUGCAAUCCCCCCUCCCUGCACCAUCCUUUUCUCUCGUACGCGUUUCUACUUUCUCCUCAUCCUGCUGGUCCUGUGUCGUGCCUGCGCUGCUCCCAAAGGCACCAUGUUUUAUUCACCUCGUCACCUCGUGCAAGCUCAACAAAGCUCCUCGAAUUCCCCUCCCGUCCGUCCCCACAUGGAUCGACCCCCUGUGCUGGACUGCUGCUGUUUGACAACGCACCAGUCACCGUGUAUGAGAAGGGCGCGGAGGUGGUGAAGAUGUACCAGACACUGCUGGGCAAGGACGGCUUCAGGAAGGGCAUGGACCUGUAUUUCGAGCGCCACGACGGGCAGGCAGUGACCUGCGACGACUUUUUUGCUGCCAUGGCAGAUGCCAACAACGACAAGCUCGAGGGCUUCAAGCCCUGGUUGUCCCAGGCAGGCACGCCUGUGGUGACAGUGACAUCGUCGUACAGCGAGAAGGACCACACCUUCACGCUGCACUGCAAGCAGGAGAUCCCUGCAACGCCCGGGCAGGACAGCAAGCUGCCGGUGCUCAUUCCACUCGCCGUGGGGCUGGUGGGGCCAGAUGGCAAGGACAUGCCUCUGCUGCACGUGUUUGACGGGGAGAAACUCACUGACCUGGAUGGCCCCACGACUACUGUACUGCGCUUCAACAAGAGAGGCAAGGACACGCCUCUGCUGCACAUGUUCGAUGGGGAGAAGCUCACAGACUUGGAUGGCCCCACCACCACCGUGCUGCGCUUCAACAAGGUGUGCAGGGAAGAGAGAGGAGGGGUGGGCAAGGGAAGAGGGGGAUUCAAAGAGACACAGGCGGAGCAAGACUUCACCUUCACGGACGUGCCGCACCGCCCCGUGCCCUCACUGCUCCGUGGCUUCAGUGCCCCCGUGCGCCUCAACGCUGACCUGUCGCAUGCCGAUUGGCUCUUCCUCCUCGCCAAUGACUCUGAUGAGUUCAACAGGUGGGAGGCAUGCCAGGUGCUGGCGCGCAAGAUGCUGCUGAGGAUGGUGGACGAAUAUCGCAGUAACAAGCCGCUCCAUAUGGAGGAUGACUUCACAGACGCCCUCGCCAAGAUCCUGGAUGACACGUCACUGGACAAGAUGUUCAUCGCACGGGUGAUCUCCCUGCCGGGCGAGAGUGAGAUCGCCGACCUCAUGACGCCGUAUGCCGACCCGGAUGCCGUGCAUGCCGUGCGCAAGUUCUGUGUCAAGCAGAUCGCCACCCGCCUGCGCCCCACGCUGGAGGCUCUGGUGGAGAGCAACAGGGCGCCGGAAGGGGAGGCGUACAGCCCUGAGCACGCCAGCAUGGCCCGCCGCUCGCUCAAAAACGCUGCUUUCUGUGAGUGUCCUUCGAGUGCGCACCAGGUGGCCUCACCAGUGUACCUGGCAUCGCUGGACGACGAGGCCUCUGGUGCGCUCGCCCUGUCAGAGUUCCGGGCGGCGAGCAACAUGACGGACCAGUUCGCCGCCCUGGCCGCCCUCUGCCUGAACCCCGGCGUUGCCCGGGAGGAGGCGCUGCAGGCGUUCUACUCGCAGUGGAAGCACGACGGGCUGGUGAUGAACAAGUGGCUGUCGCUGCAGGCAGCCUCGUCCAUCCCUGGCAACGUGGAGGCGGUCAAGAGGCUCAUGGAGCACCCUGCUUUCAUCAUCACCGAACCCAACAAGGUGUACUCGCUCAUCGGCGGCUUCACCUCGAGUGCAGUGAACCUGCAUGCAGCGGAUGGCAGUGGCUACCGCUUCCUGGCGGACAUGGUGUUGCAGCUCGAUAAGAUCAAUGCCCAGGUGGCUGCUCGCAUGGUGUCUGCAUUCACCCGCUGGCGCCGCUACGACGAGGCCCGCCAGGCGCUCGCUAAGACACCUCAAACGCCUCACUCUUCCCUCUCGCACACCCACGCUGCCCCCCUGCCUGCCCGUCAUCAGGUGGAGCUGGAGCGCAUCCUGGCAGCAGAGGUGCUGUCAGAGAAUGUCUACGAGAUCGUCUCCAAGAGUCUGUCCGCGCCCCCUGCCUCCUCCUAG